CCCGCGCCCCUGUCUCCGCGCGGCAGCCGGCCCCGCCGCAGUGUACAGGAGUCGCCGCCGCAGCCGGCAGCUGGGCGGGUUUUCCGGGGCCGUCGCAGGGUGCAAAGCUCGACUCUCCUGCGUCUGUGGUUUCUCUGGCCCCGGUCUGCUCCUGGCCGCGUCGGUCUGCUGGCCCAGUCCCAACUCUCCAUCCGGCUCCGAACCGAGGCACGACAGCCGCCGCAGGGACCCGACCAUCGGACCCUGCCCCGGACGUCUGUUUGGACCUGCCGUUGAUGACAGCUGGCAAGAGGCUAUCAUGGAGGGGGAUCGUUCAGACUCGCUGGUUUCCAUUAAGAAUAUUGAAAAAGAGCUCAUUUGCCCAGCAUGCAAGGAGCUGUUUACCCACCCGUUGAUUCUCCCUUGUCAACACAGUAUCUGUCAUAAAUGUGUAAAAGAACUCUUACUGACUCUUGAUGAUUCAUUCAAUGACGUGGGAUCAGACACCUCCAAUCAGAGCAGUCCUCGCCUUCGGCUCCUAUCCCCUAGCAUGGAUAAAAUUGACAGAAUUAACAGACCAGGCUGGAAGCGCAAUUCAUUGACCCCUAGGACAACUACUUUUCCGUGCCCUGGCUGUGAGCAUGAUGUGGAUCUUGGAGAACGAGGAAUCAAUGGUCUGUUUAGAAAUUUCACUUUGGAAACUAUUGUGGAAAGAUAUCGGCAGGCAGCUAGGGCAGCCACAGCCAUUAUGUGUGACCUUUGCAAACCACCACCUCAAGAAUCCACAAAAAGUUGCAUGGACUGUAGUGCAAGCUACUGCAACGAAUGCUUUAAAAUUUAUCAUCCUUGGGGUACUGUAAAAGCUCAGCAUGAGUAUGUGGGCCCAACCACUAAUUUUAGACCUAAGAUUUUAAUGUGCCCAGAACAUGAAACAGAGAGAAUAAACAUGUACUGUGAGUUAUGUAAGAGGCCUGUUUGUCAUCUCUGUAAAUUGGGUGGUAAUCAUUCCAAUCACCGUGUAACCACUAUGAGUACUGCCUACAAAACUUUAAAGGAGAAGCUCUCAAAAGACAUCGAUUACCUUAUUGGUAAGGAGAGCCAGGUGAAGAGUCAAAUUUCUGAAUUAAACUUAUUAAUGAAAGAAACAGAGUGUAAUGGAGAGAGGGCCAAGGAAGAAGCAAUUACACAUUUUGAAAAGCUCUUUGAAAUUCUGGAAGAAAGGAAAUCAUCUGUUUUGAAAGCAAUUGAUGCUUCUAAGAAACUAAGAUUAGACAAAUUUCAGACUCAAAUGGAAGAAUAUCAGGGGCUUCUAGAGAACAAUGGGCUUGUGGGAUACGCUCAAGAAGUGCUUAAAGAGACGGAUCAGUCUUGCUUUGUUCAGACAGCAAAACAACUCCACCUCAGAAUACAGAAAGCUACAGAAUCUUUGAAGAGCUUCAGACCUGCAGCUCAGACUUCUUUUGAAGACUAUGUUGUUAAUACAACUAAACAAACAGAAGUGCUUGGAGAAUUGUCCUUUUUCUCUAGUGGCAUGGAUGUACCAGAGAUCAAUGAAGAAAAGAGCAAAGUUUAUAACAAUGCCUUGAUAAAUUGGCAUCAUCCAGGAAAGAAUGAUAAAGCUGAUAGCUAUGUUCUUGAAUAUCGGAAGAUUAACAGAGAUGAAGAAAUGCUGUCAUGGAAUGAGAUAGAAGUGUGUGGUACAAGUAAAGUUGUUUGUGAUUUAGAAAGUAAUUCCUACUAUGUCUUCAGAGUGAGAGCAUACAAGGGCUCAAUCUGUAGUCCCUGCAGCCGAGAAUUGAUUCUUCAUACUCCUCCUGCUCCAGUUUUCAGUUUUCUCUUUGAUGAAAAAUGUGGCUAUAACAAUGAGCACCUCUUGCUGAACUUAAAGAGAGAUCGUGUAGAGAGUAGAGCUGGAUUUAAUCUUCUGCUUUCUGCGGAACGUGUCCAAGUGGGCUAUUACACAAGUUUAGACUACAUCAUCGGAGAUGUCGGAAUUACAAAAGGGAAACAUUUUUGGGCCUUCCGUGUGGAACCGUAUUCAUACCUGGUAAAAGCAGGAGUUGCUUCCAGUGAUAAGCUACAAGAAUGGCUCCGCUCUCCCCGGGAUGCAGUUAGUCCAAGGUAUGAGCAAGACAGUGGGCAUGACAGUGGAAGUGAAGAUACCUGUUAUGAUUCUUCACAACCUUUUACAUUAGUUACCAUAGGCAUGAAGAAAUUUUUUAUACCCAAGUCACCUACUUCCUCUAAUGAACCUGAAAAUAGAGUCUUUCCCAUGCCAACAAGUAUAGGAAUUUUCCUGGACUAUGAUAAAGGUAAAGUGGGUUUCUACGACAUGGAUCACAUGAAAUGCCUUUAUGAGCGCCAAGUGGACUGUUCAAAUACGAUGUACCCAGCAUUUGCGCUAAUGGGAAGUGGAGGAAUUCAACUUGAAGAACCCAUUACAGCAAAGUACCUGGAAUACCAAGAGGACAUGUAGUAUAAACAUCUGAUGAGAGUUAGGAUGAGAAAUGUGAACAGAGCAAUGCCUUGGUGUUAACCUCCACAACUAAUUACAUAUCAUCUAAGUGUCUUGUCACUAAUGCUUGUUUUUUGUUUUAUCUUAAAACACAGACAACCUAAAUAGCCUUGUCUCUUGCAUGUCAUUGUUCUGCCUUUCACAAAUAAUG